AGUAUCAGUUUUAUUUUCAUCAAAUAUUUUAAAUCAUACAUGAAAAUUUUGCCUGUCUCUCUUUUUAAGAAGGCCGUUAUUUUUUUAUAUUUUUACUAUUUGUAAACAGUUGAUAACUUGAAAGUAAUAAUAUAUGACAUGCUUUUUCACAUUACAGGCAUGUGCCAGAGUAACAUGUAGACAUAAAGCAGAACGAAACUUACAUAAAACAAUGUAAUCAAACUUUUAUAAUCUUAGAAAAAUCUUUUUAUUCCUUAACAAAACAAAGAUUUGUGACAAAACUUUCUGAGAAGAUAAUUAUGAGUGACGUGUUACCAAAAGAAAUUCUUGAUAUAGGUUUUGUCUUCCCUACGUUUGUUCUUUGUCUCCGCGACUUCACUUUUCAUAUCCCCGAAAAUGAAACACCAGACAAAUAUUUUGAAGAUAGUUUAGCUAUAGAAACGGACGAAAAUCAGACGAGAAGUCAAGAGAACAAUGAAAUAAAAGAAUCAAUAUUUAAGAAUUUUGAGAGGAGAAAAUGUUUUGUUUUUGGAAUCCCAGCAUCAAACCGUAAAACCUUAUACAAAUUAGAGGAAGUUUGUGAUUCAGAACUGAGUGAAGAUUUUCGUGCAGACACAGAAACGUUUCUACAGUAUAUGCUCAGUACCAAACCUAAAGAACUGAUUGAUGGCAGACCUAUAAAUGGAAGAAGGUUUGCCUUUUUGACUCAGAAGUACACAGAUUCACUUGCUAAAGGUGAGAUGCCGUGUAUUGAUGAUGCCUUGACAACAAUGGCAAAAAGGGAAAAUGAAUUUGCUGUCAAAGAAGCUGUAGAAAUGUGUAAAAAGCGAAUAGAAUCUUUAGGAAUCCCGUUGCCUGAUGAUUUCGUACAAAAAUACCAACAAAUUCAAAGGGAUGCCCUUGAAUAUUUUCGCGAGAAAGCCGUGCUGGAUGAUCUACAAGAAUUUCAAAAGAAAGCAGAAGAAGCAAUGGAUCUAUUCAAAAUCAAAACGAUGAAGGAAAAUAAGAUCUAUCUUCAACAAAAGUGCUUUAAAGAACUUGAGUCCAUGUAUGACAAAUCGAUAAAACCAAAAGUCGCUAAUGGAACAUAUUUUGAACCAGAGGGCUAUAAAGCAUACAGAGAGGAUUUUGCUAGAAUAAGAGAGAAUAUCAAGCAAAGUCUACCUGAAGUCGAUUCAAACACUCUGCAAUUGAGUAGUCUUGAGUUUGAAAACAGAUAUAGAAAACAAGAUGAAGAAAUUUUUGCGAAGGCCAGCAAAGAUGGAUUAACAAUAAAAGCUGAAAUUCAGAAACACAUUGAAAUCUUGGCACAGAAAAAUGAUAAACUACUUCAAAAAGAAGAUUUGAAGAAAAUUUCUGAAGAAGAAAAAUGGAAGUCUUUUAAAGACGAGCUGGCAUCUGAGAGGGAGAACGAACGGAAAGAACAAGAGGAAAAGUAUGCAAAGUUAUUUGCCGAUUAUGAGAAAAGAAAGAAAGAUUUAGAAAGUGCAAUAAAGGAAAAAGAAGAACUUAAAAAGCUUCUCGAAAAUCAACGCUCAUCUUGCAAAAUUGUAAAGGCCAAACCUGCUAUGAAACAAACAGUGUUUAAAACAAUGCUGAGCCUAGUCCCUAUAGUUGGUCCAGUAAUGUCUGGGGUGUAUGAAAGAUUUUCAUCUGAUGAUUAAAUCAAGCGGAAGCAGUUUUAUUAUAUUUGUAUAAUACGUGACAAUUGUGUUAAAACAAACUGAUCAUAGUAAUUGCUGUUGUCUGCUUUAAAAGAAUAAAGAAUACAAACAUUUUUUUACAAUAUUUUAUUUAACAUCUUACUGUAAAUAAGCAUAUUCUAUUUUUACAUUACAUUUACUAAACAAAGAAGAAACAAUUGGCACAAAUAUUCAAUUAAGAUGUUAUAGGGUUUAGUUCGUUGGUGUAGAGAAAGAAGAAAGUGAGGAAACAGUCAUAUUUGCAAUAAAAUAAUUUGUUUCUAUUUCGUAUUUACAUUUACCUUUUUCUUCCGCACAUAUACUGAUGGAAAGAAGUUUAGAAAUAUUAGGAGGACUAGCAUGGAAGAAAGCACAGCUCAAAUAUAUACAAAGAAUAAGAUGUUUUAUUGCCGUCGAUACGCAUUCUUCUCAUCCUAUAGUAUUGUUAGAUAAAUUGUGUCUUUCCGGGAAGGGCAAAGGGAUCAGACAGAAAUAUCACAGAAGUCUCGAUACCUUGUGUACUGUCCAGAAGUAACAAAAAAAUCUGUAAUACAUCUUUAGCUUAAGUCGAAAACGUGCUUUCUAACUACCUGCUUAGGGAUACACGCGUAAUGAUAUCGAAGAAUGCGUUCAAUUUCACGUACGCCAAUGACAUAAUGAUGUUCUCUUAUAUUCUGCUGUAAAUGAUCGCACAGGUGUUCGAUUGAAGAAACCACUACCGAAACGGCUACGUUAGAUGACGUUAUUACUGUUCAAUCUUUCGCCUUUACUUUUCCUUACGCGUACCCUGUCUGACGGUGUCUUGGCGUCAAUAGAUUACAAGCUUAUGGUCGGCAUGCUUUGAGUCGUGCGUCACGCUGUCUGUUCCUGAUCGUUUUGCCACAAACUCUAGAUGAACUCGUCAUGAUUAAUUUCCUGAUAAGUGUAAGGUAUUCUAUUUUUAAGCUGUUUUCUACUGAUUGAACCUAUUGUCUUAAAAACAAUUAAAUCAGAAUACAGGAAUGGUGACUAUAAUAAAUCAAAAAAUAUAUUACCACUAAUUGAAAAAAGAGGUCUACAUAUUUUCUCAAAGCCUUUUCAUGUUAUAAAUGACAAGGCAACUAAUUUCUUAUUCAUCUUAUUUUUCUUAUAUACUUGUAUCUCUAUUUGUUUUGUUUUUAAGAGUUUUAAGAGAAAGCGAUCUUUUACAAUCUAUAGAUGUAACUUAUUUCGCUAACCUAACUAAUAUCUUAAAGCAUUAUUUAUAAUGUAAUUAUUUAGCCGGAGAAGAAUUAGAUAUUGUAAGUGUAACGUUUGGGCUAACCCUUUUGUAUGUACAUUGUUUCUAUGCUACAUCAUAUUGCUGAAAUUGUGUUUAUGUAUCAUGUUCAAGUAAACAAUAAAAUAUUAUUAAAGAAAUCACCAUUUAGCUGACAGAA